CUCGGGGCUCUGCUGCUGUGUCUGGCCUGGAGCACAUCAUGCGCAGCCCCUUGGGAGCCCUCUGCCUGAGCUGGGCCCUGGCCCUGGCCCUGGCCCACUCCCUGGGUCACGGGAGCAGCAAGUUCAAUGGCACCGGCGGCAGCAGCUGGCACCACUUGGCCUCACAGCCUCCGCUCAACGACACAGAGACCGCCAGGCGCUGUGCCAACGAGGAAGGCUUUGACGCGAUCACGCUGGACGAGAGAGGCCACAUGCUCUUCUUCAAAGGGGACGUGGUCUGGAAGGGCUACAGUGGGCCGGCUGAGCCCAUCAACACCUCCUGGCCCCAGAUCCAGGGGCCCCUCGAUGCUGCCUUGAGGAUCCACCACCUGGAGCAGCCGGCAGCCCACGACAACGUCUACUUCUUCCAGGGCCAGCGGGUCUGGGCUUACGCCCAGGGCAAGCUGAGGCCCGGCUUCCCCCGGCUCAUCGAGGAAGAGUUCCGAGGGGUGCCGGGGGACCUGGAUGCCGCUGUGGAGUGUCACCCCAAGGAGUGUGCGGCUGCCACUGUCCUCUUCUUCAAGGGCCCCCUGGUCCUCUCCUACGACUUGGCCACCGGGAUGGUGAAGCAGCGCUCCUGGCCGGCUGUGGCCAACUGCUCCUCUGCUGUGCGCUGGUUGGAGCGCUAUUACUGCUUCCAGGGCAUCAGGUUCCUGCGCUUUGACCCUGUUACAGGCGAGGUGCCCCCCAAGUACCCGCGGGAUGCCAGGGACUACUUCAUGCGCUGCCCGGGAAGAGGCCAUGGGCACGAGGCACAGGCCAAUGCCACCGUCAGGGCAGCCAUGGACCCCUGCAGCGGGGAGCCCUUCCAAGCCUUCUCCUCGGACGACUCGGGGCGCAUCUAUGCCUUCCGCGGGGGACAGUACCUCCGCGUGGACUCCUGGCGCGAUGGCUGGCAUGCCUGGCCUCUCAGCCACACCUGGAAGGGCCUGGAGGGGGACGUGGAUGCUGCGUUCAGCUGGGAGGACAAAUUCUACCUGAUCCAGGGCUCUGAGGUCACCAUCUUCCGGGCUGGCGCUGGCUACAGCCGCGUGGAGGGCUACCCCCGGCCUCUGCAGGAAGAGCUGGGGCUGUCGGGAAUGGAUGCGGCCUUCACCUGCCCCCACUCCAGCGACCUCUACGUCUUUCAAGGAAACUCCAUGAAGCUCGUGGACCUGCAGAGGAGCCCCCGCCUGCCAGGCCCAGCACUGGCCACCCCCCACGGCCACGUGGACAGCGCCUUCUGCACCGCCCAGGGGGUCUUCCUUUUCCAGGGGGCCAACUUCUACCACUAUAGGAGCGUGGCCCAUCUCCUGGGGGCCUCGGGGCCCGUGCCUGCCCAGAACACGGCUGCGGAAGUCUUCUGGUGCCCCAUGGCAGGGGGCAAGGGGCCCCCCUCCCACCCCACUUCCCAGGCAUGAAUGGCAGGGGUCCCUUCCUGCCCUGAGGUGAUCCCACCAGAUCCCACCCUCCUCCCUGGGAGCCCUGACCACCCGCACCCAAUAAAAGCCUCUACCUGG